UACCUCAUCACCGUCGAGUUCCACGACGGGGUUCUUGACCUUGAUCUUGGGGAUUUCGGUAGCCAUGGUGCGGGAUUGAGUAAGGUUCAACGAAGAAAGGCCGGUCCAGCGGGCAGCAGCGGAGCGAGUUGAGAGCAGGGAAGAGGCAGAGGUAAGAGAUCUGGGGGAGCGAGUAGAGACAGCAGAGGAGGAGGAAGAAAUAGAAGAGGAAGAAGAGAGGAAGCGGCGAGCGGAGGAAGAGAGAGGGGCAGGCAGAGGGGCACGGCGCGCCAAUGCGGAACUGAACCGGACGGUCGACAUGGCGUGGGAUGCGCAGGAGCAAUGAUGCGUCUGGGGGGGGGAGAGGGUGUGGGAGGAACCGGGGACUCUGCCCAAGCGGAUCAGCUAUCGGGAACGGGGAAACGAGGAGGAUCACAGCCCACGCUGGAAAUUGGGGGGGAAGGGAGAGCGAGUACCCGAGGGAAAAGAGUCUCAGCGCGCAGUGAAGCUCUCGGCUGGAAGGAGUGGUGGUGGAGUUCGGAAGCUGCCGUUAAGCCGGACACAGGGACUUCACGGGGCAGAUCGGAGAAGCCGGAAAAUCGUUUCUAUCUGAAAUCUGGAGGGAGAGGAGAGGACGGAGGAGAGAAUACGUCUGAGGAAGAAAGCAAAUGGAGGACAGCCAACACCUCUUAUCCGGUGUGGUUGCACACUGGCACCGUCAGGCCCAUUUCCCUUUCCGCCCACCGUUACUUGCUUGUCGCCGAAGCCGGACUAAUCGAAAGAACUGGGGAAGUCUUGGGUCCCUCCGGUCAAGCUGGAUUCCGUGGUGGCCUCGUCCCGUCCCUGCUUCGUCAGGGACUUUUAGUUCUAUACUUCGUCCUUCCGUAGUCCGUACUUAGUAUCUAGAUUUUAGAUAGUAUCUAGCUAGCUAGUCCAGCCUUCAUCUCAAUGCCGCCGCCAUCAAAUCUCAGAACCUACGGCCAAACUACAACUUCCCCGG